AUGAAGCAGCGCAAGUUUUCUUUCAACCUGGCGCCAGUCAAGGUUGCCUCCAAGUCAGAUCUCCUCGAUAAGCCCACGCCAGAACCAACUCCCUCACAGCCCUCGUCGUCACACAAGAGACAUACUUCCAAAGACAGUAUAUGCGAUUCGUCGCCCUGGAUCAACCGCCGUGUCCUCGAUGAGCAUACCGAACUCGAAUUGCGCCUAGCAUGUCGGCAUAUUCUGCAAAACUUCAAGCCUUCCGAUCAUGGCAUGGAGAACACAGACCCGAAGCUCGACUUUGGAGGGCUUGGUCCCCGACGGAAGGAGAGUAAACCACAGGCUGCUGAGGUUAGUGUCCGCAUGCCCACCGGCGCGCCCCCAGAGCUGUCGGCGGCAUCGACGUCAUUUAUGAUGCGAAAGCCCAGCACCAAGACCCGGACACGAGCGAAGGCGGACCAGGAGAUCAGAAACAGGACAUACGGAGACAUGCCCGCGCGCGCGAAUAGCAGUCGUAAGCGAGCUGACUUUGGAUGGCUCGACGAACGGGACGCAGAGAGGGAGGAGAAGUUAAGAACAUAUGGCAAGACUUCCAUGGACGUACCGCGCUCGGCUGUCUUCCGUAACGACUCCGAUGAAGAUGUUACUCUCCCCGUGGCCGUGACAUCAACCUUUGCCAAUGCCAAGAUGUCGUCUUCAGUGCCCAACUCAGCAUCUCUGCCCAACUACAGGAGUAUGAACAGGCUAUCCCACCAUUCUGACAACCCUGCUGCAGUCGCAGACGCACAAGCCGCAGAAUGGAUGCGUUCAGAACUUGAGAAGAAGCGACGGGAAGAAGCCUCAGAACCUCGGGGCCGAUCCAACACUUCGGUCCGACCGCCAAGUCGUGCUGCGAGCAUCAAAGAAAGUGUCAGAGAAUACGUCUUUCCCGGCUCCCGCAGUCGGGCCUUGAGCCGCGCGCAAUCCAAGGAUUCCCUUCGUCCCUCAGCCGACGAUGACCAAGGUCUCACACGUAGUGACUCGAAAUCAGGAUGGCGUAGCUGGGGUGUUGCCCGCAAGUUGAGUUCAAGGAGCAACAGCAGACCGGGUACUUCCAAGGGACAGUCAGAAGAGGCUCAACCAAGGAAGUCAGAGUCUGGUGGCAUUAACUUGACCAAAGAGCUACCACCACUACCCAGCCUAGACACUUGGAAGGAUUUCCAAGAGCCUACAGAGGAGAAGGUGGCAUCGCCAAAGUCGCCCAUGUCUCCUACUGCUGAAACACACAUUGCAAGUCUAAUGCGUCCGCAAGAACAGCACCAAGAGCGUUCUCCCUCUGCUGCGAAGAAACACAGGAAGAGCGGAUCUGAUAUGCAGGCCAUGCAUGCCAACGAUGCCUUCCCUGUGCGGAAGUCGUCCCGUAAACAGGAAACCAAAGCUAUCCCCCAGCACGUACGAACACAGCCAGGGAGUCCGACAAAUGCCGGGCAUACAAUGACUGGCUGGUCUUCCACUAGCAACCUCGACCAGCGUCUCGAACCGGGCUCCAGCAACCAUACCCGCCAAAGGAGUGGAGACAGUGGCUCUGCCUCGAACGGCAAUAGGAGUGCCGACGCGUCCACUUUCUCGCGCAAGAUGAGCGUAGACACAUCAUCCGCGCAGAAAACCAUUUCGAACGAGCCCAAGACUCCAGGCCGAGAAGAGCAAAAAUCGAAGUUGAAGAAGAUUUUCAGUGGCUGGAUGCAUAAAAAGGACAAGAAAGAGGACUGGAUGCAUAAGAUGGAGAAGGAAGGUGUCAAAGAAGGCGUUUUGGUGCAAGAAGGCAGCACAAGCGCGUCGCCUGUGGUGCGAUACUAA